UUUAGGCGUAUGGUAGUGUUACUAAUAUAAACGUCUGAAUCCAAUGUUUUCCUGUCAGACGUAAACAAAAGUCAGCUGUUCCAAGCAUUAGUGUGGAAAGAAACGCAGCGGUAAUAUCUUUACUUUUAACUUACUGUGUCAGUGGUAAUGUCUGACAACACAGUGUGGAAUGUAAGUGAAACUGCCAACGUCUAUAUCACGGGUGUUGUAUCUGGUGUGUCUGGUGUUGCAUCAAGUGUAACACAUGGCGUUGGAGACGUUGUUCACAGUGUCACAUCUGGGAUGGGAGACGUAGUACACAAUGUUUCCCAGGGAAUGGGAGAUGCAGUGCAUAACAUGACAUCAGGGGUCAAGCGCCUUUUGACCUACCCUCCGACUACAUGCCAAACAGAGGAAGAAGAAGAGUGUCCAGGGGUCUUUCCUCCAACUCCAAGAAAUACAUCUGUGUCGCCCAUUUCAGAGCAUCCACAUAGCGAUGUGAGCCCAGGAACUGAUUCAGAGUUAGCUGAAGAAGAGGCAGAGAUUAACAAUGAGUUGGGCAUUACUGAGGAUUAUUUUUCACAACCUGAGGAAAAUGUUUUAGAGCUAAGCAUUGAGGGACUAGAAGCUAGUAUUGAGAAAUGCAAGACCUUAAUCCUGCAGUGUGAGGAGUCCAGCACCAGAAGACGAGCACUUGUGCAUAAGCUGAUAAAAAUAAGAUUACGUUUACAAGAAGCAAAAGAGGCGGAGGAGAUUGCAUCCACUGGUGUGCUUUUUCGUUUGAGCCACCAACUCCAGCCUCAAAAGCCUCCUCUCACCCGAGCAUCAAAGCAGUACUGUGACAAGUGCGCCCAAAUCAUUUGGGGGGUGAUACAUGUGUCAUACAUCUGUAGCUUGUGUGAGUACCAGUGCCAUGGAAGGUGUGUGGAAGGCAUUCAGCGCAGAUGCCCAAGUGUGAGGGUGAAUGAAGAUGCAUCUUACAUCCUCAGAAUAUGCCCGGAAGUGGGAUUGUCGGCCCAGAAUUAUAAGUGUGCAGAAUGCAAGAUACUGAUUACAAACAAAUUCACUGUUAUCACAAAGCACAGCAAGAAGUUAAAAUGCAGAGCCCAUCCAAGGGGUGUAACAUGCCUUGGUGACCCCUUCAAGAAAGAGAAUGCCUGGUGUGAGCCCAGAAAGUGUGACUACACUGGUCUUUACUACUGUCCUGCUUGUCACUGGAAUUCACGUCAAGUCCUGCCAGCAAGGGUUAUCCACAACUGGGACUUUGAGGAGAGAGUUGUGAGUCGGCAAGCAAAACAGUUCCUUCUGCUGAUGAAAAGCAAGCCAGUGCUGCAUAUGGAAAAGUUGAAUCCACAUCUCUUCAAAUUUGUAGAAGAACUGAGUACAGUUAAGAAACUAAGAGAAGACUUGCUCACCAUGAAACAAUACCUUAGCACUUGUCGCUCUGCUCAGGAAUCUCGGAUACUGCGACAACUUGAAGAACGGCAGCAUUUUGUGGAGAAUGCACACAUGUAUUCCUUACAAGACUUGAUAGAUGUUAACUCAGGGCUGCUGGUUGACUACCUCAAGAAGAUACAUGGGAACUUUAUGACUCAUAUAAAGAAUGAAUGCCUGGUUUGCCAAGGGAAGGGUUACAUCUGUGAAAUCUGUGAUGUGAGUGAAAUCAUAUUCCCCUUUGAUGGUGGUGUAGUUGUGUGUGCUGGAUGCUCAACAGUCCUUCACCACCUGUGUUUCACCUCAAGGAACAGCCUCUGUCCAAGGUGUGUUGUCUGUGUUUUUUCACUGCAUUCUGUGUUCACCUUCCAAAACUGAUGUCCCAUUUCCAGAAGACACUCACAAGAAUUAUAUCACAAAUAAUAUCUAAAUCUAUUCAUAUUUCUUUGAAAAUAAUCUCCCUGGAUUUCUCAAAAAUAUCUGUCUUCUAUUUACUCUCCACAGAUAAGUUACCAAGUGCUGUCAUUUACCAAAUUGCUCUCUCAUUCAAAGCAUUAACCUGAAACCAUUUUUCUCCUAAUAAAGUUUUGUUUUGAAACUAC